GAAUUGCGGCCGCUUAUGCUACCAAAGAAGUGGUUGAUAAAGUUGUUGACUCUAACUUUCCUAAAAAUAGUAGCAAUCCGCCUACUAAUACCCAAGCUCAGCAUCAGGAAAUUUUAAAGCCUAUCACGGACCGGCUGGAUAGUUUAGAUAAGGAAAUUACUGACAAAAUUAAGGAACAAUUAGGCGAUAAACAAUUGACUCCACGCGAGAAAAAAGAAAAAUUGGAAGAGAUAAAAAAAAUGAGCAAAGAAGAAAAAGCCGAAUUAUUACAGCAACUAAAAAAUGAGAAUGCGACUGAACAAGAAGUUAUAAAUAAGGCUCUAAAAGAUAAAUUAGAUAAGCAAGAAAAAAGAAAUAUCCA